AUGGGUCUCAAGUCUGUCGUCGCUCUUUCGCUAGCCUGCCUCAGCGCCGUCCCGGUGUGCGCCCAGUCGGAUGUUCUGCAGUACGUCGAUCAGUUGAUUGGAAGUAGCAAUGGAGGAAAUGUGUUCCCCGGUGCCACGCGGCCGUACGGAAUGGCCAAAGCAGUCGCCGACACGGAUUCGGGCAGCAACCAGGGCGGCUUCACCACCGACGGCGCCAACAUCACCGGCUUCAGCCAGAUGCAUGACAGCGGGACCGGGGGCAGUCCAUCUUUAGGCCUGUUCGCCCUUUUCCCCUACACCAACUGCCGGGGCGACGAGAUCGACAACUGCGUCUUCCCCAAGAAGGCCAGACGGACGCCGUACCAGAACGGCUCCCUCCAGGCCAGCCCGGGCUAUUUCUCCUUGACCCUGAACAGCGGCGUCCAAGUCGAAAUGACUUCCGCCGCGCACACGAACCUGUUCCGCUUUUCCUUCCCCUCGACCGGCACCGACGGCAACGCUCCGAGCCCGCUGAUCCUCCUGGACCUGACGGAUCUGUCUGAUUCCCGCCAGGACAACGCGACCAUCGCCGUCGACGCCGCCACGGGCCGGAUGACGGGCAACGCGCGGUUCCUCCCCAGCUUCGGGCAGGGCAACUACGUGGCGUACUUCUGCGCCGACUUCCAGGGCGCCGCCGUCCGCGACAACGGCAUCUUCGCCAACAGCCGGGCGAGUGCGGACGUCAAGAACCUGACCAUCUCGCGCUCCAUCAACGGCUACCCGCUGCCGGGAGGCGGCUUCGUGCGCUUCGCGAAUCCGGGGGGCAACGCGGUGGUGGCGCGCGUGGGCGUCAGCCUGAUCAGCGAGCAGCAGGCGUGCAGCAAUGCGGAGUCGGAGAUUCCGGAUUAUGAUUUCGAGGGCACGCGCAGCGCGGCCGUCGACGAGUGGCGGCAGAAGCUCAGUCCCGUGCGCGUGUCGACGGAGAAUGUUGACCGCGAUUUCCUGGUUAAUUUUUACAGCGGCAUUUAUCGGACUAUGGUCAACCCGCAGGACUACACGGGCGAAAACCCGCUGUGGAAGAGCGACGAGCCGUAUUUCGAUUCGUUUUAUUGUAUUUGGGAUUUGUUUCGUUCGCAGCUGCCGUUCUUGACUAUCGUCGAUCCGGACCAGGUCGCACGCAUGGUCCGCUCGCUGAUCGAUACGUAUAGGCACGUCGGCUGGCUGCCUGAUUGCCGAAUGAGUCUGAACAAGGGCUACACGCAGGGCGGGUCGAACGCGGACGUCGUCCUCGCCGACACGUACCUCAAGGGGCUGCGCGACGGCAUCAACUGGGAAGACGGGUACGCGGCCGUCGUCAAAGACGCAGAAGUCGAGCCGUACGACUGGUGCUGCCAGGGGCGCGGCGGGCUGGACAGCUGGAAGGCGCUGGGCUACAUCCCCGUCGAAGACUUCGACUACAAGGGCUUCGGCACCAUGACGCGCAGCAUCUCCCGACACCUCGAAUACUGCUACAACGACUUCACCAUCGCCGAGCUGGCCAACCGCCUCGGCGGCGACCGCGCCGCCGACGUCGCGAAAUACCAGGACCGCAGCGCCAACUGGAAGAACCUCUUCCGCGCCGACCAGACGUCAUUCCUCAACGGCACCGACACGGGUUUCGUCGGCUUCUUCCAGCCGCGCUACCUGAACGGCACGUGGGGCUUCCAGGACCCGCUGCGCUGCAGCAACAUCGACCCCUUCACCGACAGCGUGUGCAGCCUGCAGAACACGGCCGUCGAGACGUUCGAGUCGUCCGUGUGGGAAUACGGCUUCUACGUCCCGCACGACAUGGCGGCGCUCAUCACCGCCUUCGGCGGGCCCCGCGAAUUCGUCCGGCGCCUGGAGUACCUGCACGACCGCAACAUCACCUACAUCGGCAACGAGCCAUCGUUCCUGACGGUGUUCCAGUACCACUACGCGGGCCGCCCGGCGCUGUCGGCGCGCCGCAGCCACUACUACAUCCCGGGCUUCUUCAAGACGACCAACGACGGCCUGCCGGGCAAUGACGACAGCGGCACGAUGGGCGCGUACGUCGCGUUCAGCAUGAUGGGCCUGUUUCCGUGCCCGGGCCAGGACGUGUACUUCAUCACGCCGCCCUUCUUCGAGAGCGUCAACGUCACGCACCCGCUGACCGGCCGCACCGCCACCGUCAGGAACGUCGGCUUCGAUCCGAGCUACCAGGCCAUUUAUAUCCAGAGCGCGACGCUGGAUGGCGUGCCGUACACGAAGAAUUGGAUCGAUCAUAGCUUUUUUACUGAGGGGAAGGAGCUCGUGCUCACGCUGGGCAGGAACGAGAGUGCGUGGGGGACGAGGGUUGAGGAUCUGCCGCCGAGUUUGAGCGAGUAUCGUGGGUUUAAUGAGUCGUCGUCGGCGAAGGGGAGGAGGUGGGCGCCGCCGCCGGCGCCGGUGGUCAAGCCGAGGCAGUUGAUGGUGCCGGGCGUUUGGCCGCCGGAUGGGAAAUUGGGGGGGAUGUAG